GUGGGGAAGCACGGGCAACGGUCAGAGAGAGCGAGUGGGAUUCCGGGGUGUGUUUCGUCUGUAGUCUGCAUCAUAGCUAAAUAGGUCCUGAGAGCGACCAACAUCCACCGCGAAUAGAGAGAACAACGCGACGGAGCACAUAGGAUAGUGCGCUGAAGUCAAGAAGGUUAACAGAGACCGGACCGUAUGUUCAUAAAUACACUUAAGUCAUCUUAUAAAGUGGACGUCUCUCCAGGUGCGUUGGUAGAGGUGCCCAGUGAAGAAGGGACAGAAGAGGAGUUUAUGAAAGAAGAGAGAGACUGACUGAUUGACACCACUGAGGAUGAAGAAGAGCAGAAGUGUGUUAACGGUGUCACCCGGCGGUGACACCAAUGAGACCCCGGGAGUGUUCGGCAGCACUCUUGGAGUGGACCUUUGCAGGGGCCGCAGGCGUCACUCGGGCACGCUACAGCUGCCCCCGUUGUCAUGGCGACAGGCGGAGAGGGAUCUAAGCCGCACGCCAGAGGGGGACACCAUGGCCCGGCCCACCACCCUGCCCUUCCACCCGCUGCCACAAAUCAACAUCAUCCACGCCGACCCCGACAGCUUCGAUGUGGAGAAUGGCCCGUCUGCGUGCUGCAGCCCCUCGGGUCUCCAGGCGUCCCCUGGCUCCGGCCUGGUCCUGCACCCCAACCUGGGGGCCCACGGGCAGCGCCGAGAGUCCUUCCUCUACCGCUCUGACUCGGACUACGACCUGUCGCCCAAGUCUCGCGAGUUGUCCCGGAACUCCUCUAUCGUCGGAGAACUGCAUGGAGAAGACCUGAUCGUGACCCCCUUUGCUCAGGUUCUGGCCAGUCUCCGCACGGUACGGAACAACUUCGCCACCUUGACCAAUGUACAAUGUACCUCCAAGAGAUCACCUGCUGGCCCCCAGCCUCCCGUCACCAGAGUCUGUCAGUCAGACGAGUCGUACCAGAAGCUGGCCAUGGAGACCAUGGAGGAGCUGGACUGGUGUCUGGACCAGCUGGAGACCAUCCAGACCUACCGCUCCGUCAGCGACAUGGCCUCCAACAAGUUCAAAAGGAUGUUGAACCGGGAGCUGACGCACCUGUCGGAGAUGAGUCGCUCCGGCAACCAGGUGUCAGAGUUCAUCUCCAACACCUUCCUAGACAAGCAGAAUGAGUUGGAAUUACCGUGCCCCAUGGCCAAGACCAGAGAGUGGAAGAAGAGACCCCACCACCAGACCCAGCUGGAGGGUCAGGGGACCUUGACCCAGAUCAGCGGGGUCCGGAAGCUCAGCCAUUCCACUGGGCUCCAAGGCAGCAGCAUCAGCCGCUUUGGGGUCAAGACAGAUCAGGAAGACCUGCUGUCUAAGGAUCUUGAGAACAUCAACAAGUGGGGUUUGAACAUCUUCAGGGUGGCCGAGCACUCCCACAACCGCCCGCUCACAUGCACCAUGUACACCAUCUUCCAGGAGCGAGACCUGAUGAAUACGUUUAAAAUCCCUACGGACACCUUCGUGACCUUCAUGAUGACCCUGGAGGCCCACUACCACUCAGACGUAGAAUACCACAACAGCCUCCACGCUGCAGACGUGGCCCAGUCCACACACAUCCUGCUCUCUACACCCGCUCUGGACGCCGUCUUCACGGAUCUGGAGAUCUUGGCGGCCGUCUUUGCGGCAGCCAUCCAUGACGUGGACCACCCUGGGGUCUCCAACCAGUUCCUCAUCAACACCAACUCAGAGCUGGCCCUGAUGUACAACGAUGAGUCUGUCCUGGAGAACCACCACCUGGCUGUGGGCUUCAAGCUGCUGCAGGAAGACAACUGUGACAUCUUCCAGAACCUGACCAAGAAAGAACGCCAAUCCCUCCGCAGGAUGGUCAUAGACAUGGUCCUGGCCACAGACAUGUCUAAACACAUGAGCCUAUUGGCUGACCUGAAGACCAUGGUGGAGACCAAGAAGGUGACCAGCUCUGGAGUGCUGCUGCUGGACAACUACACAGACAAGAUACAGGUGAUGCGUAACAUGGUCCACUGUGCUGACCUCAGUAACCCCACCAAGUCUCUGGACCUUUACCGUCAGUGGACCGACCGCAUCAUGAACGAGUUCUCCCACCAGGGAGACCGCGAGAGGGAGAAAGGCAUGGAGAUCAGUCCCAUGUGUGACAAGCAUACGGCUUCAGUGGAGAAGAGUCAGGUGGGUUUCAUAGACUACAUCGUCCACCCGCUGUGGGAGACGUGGGCCGACCUGGUGCACCCGGACGCCCAGGACAUCCUGGACACCCUGGAGGACAACAGGAACUGGUACCAGAGCAUGAUCCCUCAGAGGCCCUCUCCCCCCUUCUGCACCGGUGACGGAGAGGGGGACGGAGAGGGAGGACACAGAUUCCAGUUUGAGCUGACGCUAGAUGCCGAACAGGAUGGAGAGAUGGGAGUGGAGGAGGGCGAGAGAGGGACGGAAGAGGGGUGGUCGCCAGUUGACCAGGGCGGAGUGUAGAUGAACACACGUGGGGCUUCCCCCACAUAAUGAGCCGUGACCUGCUAUCUUCAUAAAUGGAAGCACCAGUUUUAGGUUGUGUUUCACAUCUUGUUCUACUGCAGUGGAGGAAUCCUGCAAUCUGGCUCUUUGGCGUUGCUCUGCUUAUGCACUAGGGCCUGACUGGCUUUGGACCCAUCCAGAAGAGGGUGGGGAACCACAACACUUGAUUUGGGAGCCCUCAGGAAGAAGAGUAUGAAGAGUUGAAGAGUGAUGCCUUGAAGGAGUCCUGUUGAAAAUGCUAGUGUGUGACAGAAGUACCGUAUCUUGGUUUUUGGUAGCCAGAUAAUACAAUCUUUGUCCUGACAAAUACUGAAGAUGAAACUAAGCUAGGCGAAGACACUCUGUUGCGUUCAAUUGGGACAAGAUCGAAAUACUUGCACUUCAGAGCGAUCUUUGUUCUUCGUGACUAUUUUCGAGUACAUGUUUUGUUUUGUAACAGGAUGGGAUGUUGCCGGGUAGCAUCCCAUGUUCAAACUAGUGAUCCACAGGUGUUUAUAACAAAGAACAUCUACCCUAAGAACAUCUACCCUAAGAACAUCUACCCUUUUUGUGACAAGUGUUUAAAGACUUUUGUGUGCCUUUUGUUUUUUACGACGGGUUAUUUUGGACGUGAUUUUAUAAUUUAUUGAACAGGUUUGAACACGUCUUCCUGAUAUUUUUCGGCAAUAGUCGCACAAGUUGCACUUUUUCUAAGGGUAGGAAGGGAGCUGGGAACAUGUUUAAACUAAAGAGUCAAUAAAUCUACUAAUGAGAGGUUCUUCAUUACAGCCAAUUCAUGACUCUAUACACGUAUUGUUAUAUGGUACCUCACACAUUUCAAAUCAAUAUCAACAAAUGCCACAGAACCUACAAGUUCCAUAUUCACAGCGAAAGGCAGUUUGCAAACCUGUUACUUUUGAUUUUACAUAUUUGCUUCACCGUAAAGCAAUGAUCUCGAUCUUUUCCCAUGUAAUCUGUCGAAACCAAUACGCUCCGAAUACGUACUGAUUAAUGCACAUUAACAGCCGAAUGGAACUCUGCCCUAAGAGAGGUGUAUUGCCAUACCUGAUUAAUGCACAUUAACAGCCGAAUGGAACUCUGCCCUAAGAGAGGUGUAUUGCCAUACCUGAUUAAUGCACAUUAACAGCCGAAUGGAACUCUGCCCUAAGAGAGGUGUAUUGCCAUACCUGAUUAAUGCACAUUAACAGCCGAAUGGAACUCUGCCCUAAGAGAGGUGUAUUGCCAUACCUGAUUAAUGCACAUUAACAGCCGAAUGGAACUCUGCCCUAAGAGAGGUGUAUUGCCAUACCUGAUUAAUGCACAUUAACAGCCGAAUGGAACUCUGCCCUAAGAGAGGUGUAUUGCCAUACCUGAUUAAUGCACAUUAACAGCCGAAUGGAACUCUGCCCUAAGAGAGGUGUAUUGCCAUACCUGAUUAAUGCACAUUAACAGCCGAAUGGAACUCUGCCCUAAGAGAGGUGUAUUGCCAUACCUGAUUAAAACUUCAAUCAAAUUUCUUCAUAUAUAUAUAUAUAUAUAUUUUUUUUUCAAUAUAUUUGUAAUUUUCCAUAUCACCCUUCCAAGAAUGGAAUAUAUAUAUAUUUUAAGAGGUGUAAAUUUGACCUCUUAAUAUAAUGAAUGCAUAUAAUUAAAUAAUUGAGGCCAAUCAAAAUAAUCCUUUGAAUGGUUCCUUUCUGAACAGAGAGAGAGAGACAUCUGAUAUUCUGAAGCCCCAGACCAAAGUCAAAAAAACAAACCUCUAUUCAACAAUGUCUGAUGUCAGCUAAUGUUACUAUUUUGCCAUAUCCUCCUUGAGCUGACACCUCACAAGUUUAGGCAGAAAUGGCAGAACAAAAACUAAACCAAAAAACAGAUGGCACCUUUUUAAAUGUUGAUUCAAUGAUCAUUUAAUGUAAUCUAAAAUGUCCCCUGUAGUUUUCUCCAUAAUUUCUGUCAAGCACUUUGACCAGUUGGAUAGCUCAGCGCCUAGUCUGUCAGCAAUACAUGUAAAUGGUACUGCGAUGUAAACUGCAGCUCUCAGCUGUGGGGAGAUCAGCAAAACAUCACUAUGUGACAACAUUUCCCACAUUGACUCUGUGUGUGUGUGUGUGUGUGUGUGUGUGUGUGUGUGUGUGUGUGUGUGUGUGUGUGUGUGUGUGUGUGUG